UUGGCCGCGAUAGUCUGUCGCCAUAACAACGCUUUGUUGACAAGUGAUACCUGCUGGAGAAGCGAAAUGAAACUCAAACGAUUCCUUCUCAGAUAUUAUCCACCAGGUAUCAUCCUGGAAUAUGAGAAAGGAGGAGCUCUGAAGACUAAAUCCAUUGAUCUGUUGGAUUUGUCUCCGGAGACAGACACCGAGGAGUUAAUAUCAGAGAUCAGGAAAUCGGAGCCACUGAUCACAGCAUCACGCGUCGACCAAGUCAAACUCUUGAUCCUCAGACUGCAGGAGAAACUGGGUCAGCAGGACAACCGCAGAUUCUACCUCUUCAAGGCGCUGCAGGCGCACAUACUGCCACUGACAAACGUUGCCUUCAAUAAAUCAGGCUCGAGAUUUAUAACUGGGAGCUAUGACAGGACAUGUAAAAUAUGGGACACGGCGUCAGGUGAGGAGCUGCACACACUGGAGGGCCACAGGAACGUGGUGUACGCCAUCACCUUCAACAACCCCUAUGGGGACAAGAUUGCCACUGGGUCCUUUGAUAAGACCUGCAGACUGUGGAGUGUAGAGACGGGCAAAUGUUUCCACACCUUCCGAGGACACACUGCUGAAAUAGUGUGUUUGGCGUUUAACCCUCAAAGUACCUUGGUGGCCACGGGUAGCAUGGACACUACGGCCAAGCUAUGGGACAUCCAGACUGGAGAGGAGGUGUCUACACUGACAGGCCACUCAGCAGAGAUCAUCUCCUUGUCGUUUAACACAGUGGGUGACCAGCUAGUCACUGGCUCCUUUGACCACACUGUUUCUCUGUGGGAUGUUCCAUCUGGGAGGCGUGUCCACACACUGAUAGGUCACAGAGGGGAGAUCAGCAGUGUUCAGUUUAACUGGGACUGCUCCCUCAUCAUCACGGGCUCCAUGGACAAAAGUUGUAGGGUGUGGGAGGCAGCGAGUGGGAAGUGUAUGGCCACACUAGCAGGCCAUGAAGACGAGGUGCUGGAUGUGUGUUUCGACUACACCGGUCAACUCAUAGCCACCGCCUCGGCUGACGGCACAGCGAGAGUGUACAGCGCUGCCAGCUACCAGUGCAUCUCCAGACUGGAGAGCCAUGAGGGAGAGAUCUCCAAGCUCCCUCUCCCCACUCUUUGUUGUUUCUUUCUUCCUUUCAUUACAAGGGGUCAGAUUUAAUCGUCAGAAGCUGACUUUUUCUUAAAGUUCCAGUGCAACUGUUUUUAUCUCAAUAUCAAAUCAUUUCUGGGUAACAAUUAAGUACCUUACUGUGAUUGGUUUUCAAUUUAAAAAAAGAAAAUUGUUUAAAAAAAUUCUCAAGCUAAAAUUUUGCUAGGACUGACUGGGGGUGGUCUGAGUGGGGAGGGGAAAACUGAAAACUAGCUGUUAUUGACAGAAGUUUAGAACUCUCUUUCUUAUUGGUCUAUUAACUAAUUGGCCGUCUGGUGAUGCCACCAGGCAGGCCAAAACUCCGUCCCACCAAAACAGGCUGAAAUUUCAUGCUGUCUAUUCAAACAGCUCUUACUCUAAAAGGGCAUUAUCAUCAUUUUCACAACUUCACAGUGUUAUUCCAACCUCAUAGUGUGGAAAUAUAUAAACUCAGCAAAAAAAAGAAACGUCUUCUCACUGUCAACCGCGUUUAUUUUCAGCGACCUUAACUUGUGUAAACUUAACUUGUGUAAAUAUUUGUAUGAACAUAACAAGAUUCAACAACUGAGAAAUAAACUGGACAAGGUCCACAGUCAUGUGACUAACAGAAAUGGAAUAAUGUGUCCCUGAACAAAGGGGGGGUCAAAAUCAAAAGUAACACUCAGUAUCUGGUGUGGCCACCAGCUGCAUUAAGUACUGCAGUGCAUCACCUCCUCAUGGACUGCACCAGAUUUGCCAGUUCUUGCUGAUGUUACCCCACUCUUCCUCCAAGGCGCCUGCAAGUUCCCGGACAUUUCUGGGGGGAAUGGCCUAGUCCUCACUCUCCGAUCCAACAGGUCCCAGACAUGCUCAAUGGGAUUGAGAUUCGGGCUCUUCGCUGGCCAUGGCAGAACACUGACAUUCCUGUCUUGCAGGAAAUCACGCACAGAACGAGCAGUAUGGCUGGUGGCAUUGUCAUGUUGGAGGGUCAUGUCAGGAUGAGCCUGCAGGAAGGGUACUAACAUGAGGGAGGAGGAUGUCUUCCCUGUAAUAGACAGCGUUGAGAUUGCCUGCAAUGACAACAAGCUCAGUCCGAUGAUGCUGUGACACACCGCCCCAGACCAUGACGGACCCUCCACCUCCAAAACGAUUCCGCUCCAGAGUACAGGCCUCGGUGUAACGCUCAUUCCUUCAACGAUAAAUGCAAAUCCGACCAUCACCCCUAGUGAGACAAAACUGUGACUCGUCAGUGAAGAGCAUUUUUGCCAGUCCUGUCUGGUCCAGCGACGGUGGGUUUGUGCCCAUAGGCGACGUUGUUGCCGGUGAUGUCUGGUGAGGACCUGCCUUACAACAGGCCUACAAGCCCUCAGUCCAGCCUCUCUCAGCCUAUUGCGGACAGUCUGAGCACUGAUGGAGGGAUUGUGCGUUCCUGGUGUAACUCGGGCAGUUGUUGUUGCCAUCCUGUACCUGUCCCGCAGGUGUGAUGUUCGGAUGUACCGACCCUAUGCAGGUGUUGUUACACUUGGUCUGCCACUGCGAGGACGAUCAGCUGUCCGUCCUGUCUCCCUGUAGCACUGUCUUAGGCGUCUCACAGUACGGACAUUGCAAUUUAUUGCCCUGGUCAAAUCUGCAGUCCUCACCUUGCAGCAUGCCUAAGGCAUGUUCACGCAGAUGAGCAGGGACCCUGGGCAUCUUUCUUUUGGUGUUUUUCAGAGUCAGUUGAAGGCCUCUUUAGUGUCCUAAGUUUUCAUAACUGUGACCUUAAUUGCCUACCGUCUGUAAGCUGUUAGUGUCUUAACGACCGUUUCACAGGUGCUUGUUCAUUAAUUGUUUAUGGUUCAUUGAACAAGCAUGAGCAACAGUGUUUAAACCCUUUACAAUGAAGACCUGUGAAGUUAUUUUGAUUUUUACAAAUUAUCUUUGAAAGACAGGGUCCUGAAAAGGGGACGUUUCAUUUUUUGCUGAGUUCAGAUGUUUUUUACUGCACUGUGUCACGUUCCUGACCUGUUUUCUGUUGUUUUGUAUGUGUUUGACGGUCAGGGCGUGAGUUUGGGUGGGUAGUCUAUGUUAUGUGUUUCUGUGUUGGUUUAAGGGUGACCUGAUAUGGCUCUCAAUUAGAGGCAGGUGGUUUUCAUUUCCUCUGAUUGAGAGACAUAUUAAGGUAGGUGUUUUCACUUUGAUUGUUGUGGGUGGUUGUUUCCUGUGUCAGUGUUUGUUGCACCAUACGGGACUGUAUCGUGAGUUCGUUUUGUUUGUAGUCAGUACUUGUUCGUUCGUUCUUUGUUACGUGUAAGUUCGUAGUCCAGGUCUGUCUACUUCGUUUGUUGUUUUGGUAUUUGUUCAAGAGUUUUCCGUCUUCGUCUGGUUCCUUGUAAUAAAUAAUAUGUAUAACUCCAACGCUGCAUUUUGGUCUAAUCCUUGCUACUCCUCUUCGGAUGAAGAGAAAGAGGAGGCCCGUUACACACUGGGCCAUUAAAUGAAAAUAAUAUCUGUAGAAUGAAUGUCAUAGAACCAAAUAUUGCUAAAAACAUAAAUUAAUUGUUUUGAUGAUUAAAUAUGCAGGAAAGAAUGUAAAAUAGUCAUUGUUAUGGCAUUGAAUCAUCUGAACAGAAUCCAUGUGAGUCUACUCAUGACCAUUCCCUUACUCCAUCUUCUUCUGCCUCAUCCUUCUAUUUCUCUUCACCUUUCCUCUCUUUUCACCACUCUCUUUCCUCGUAUCAUCUUUUCUAAAAAUGUUAUACCUCAGUGCUCUCCUCUGUCUCCAUGCUCCCCCCUUCUCUCUCUCCUCAGUGCCCUCUCGCUCUCCUCUUUGUGCUCGUUCCUUUCUCUCUCGCUCUCUUCUGUAUUCUGUCAGUGUCACCCUCUCCCAGAGUUCUAUUUCCAUUUCCUGUCUGAGGCCUGCUCACCACCCUGCAGCGUGAGGCUUUUAAUAAAAACACACUUUACUUUUAGAGAAUGUAGAGCCAGCAUCAUUUAAUCAUCCCAGCUCCAUGUUCAUUUCUUCACCUCACUGUGUGCUUGUAGAUCUCUCUGAAGUCUGACUAUGUGUUCCUUUGGAACCAUUCCUCCAUAUCAAAUGCCUGGCAGACUUCCAAAUGCCUAACAGACCUCAAUUUACAGUUAAUAGCCUUUUAAGAAUAUAGUGCUGACAAGUUGAAUGUUCCACAUGCUGUGCUCAUUUGGUGGUUCAUAUCUACUCUUGCACACUUCCUCAUCAGUGCACACUCCAUCCAGCCAUUCACUCCAUCACUCCUUUUCACUCUCAUAACACACACACCCGUGUGUCAAUUUCAACCUCCCCUUCGUCACCC